CUCAAUUACACUAGCCCAUCAUCCCACACACACCCAAUCAAUUAACCUGGAACACACUUUCAAAAACCUUUGGAGACUGAUCAAACAAACCACCUCACACUCACUUUCAACUUUAGUCCUAGCUACUAAAAACAUGGCAAAACCAGUUUCAAUUGAAGUUUGGAAUCCUAGUGGCAAAUACAGAGUUGUCAGCACCAAAUCCAUGCCCGGUACUCGUUGGAUUAAUUUGUUGGUCCAACAAGAUUGUCGUGUUGAAAUAUGCACAGAGAAGAAAACGAUAUUGUCUGAGGAAGAUAUCAUUGCUUUGAUUGGAAAUAAGUGCGAUGGAGUCAUCGGUCAGUUGACAGAAAAUUGGGGAGAGACAUUGUUUUCGGCUUUGAGCAAAGCGGGAGGAAAAGCUUUCAGCAACAUGGCUGUGGGUUACAACAAUGUUGAUGUCGACGCAGCAACCAAGUAUGGUGUUGCUGUUGGAAACACUCCUGGCGUGCUUACAGAGACUACAGCAGAGUUAGCAGCAUCACUAUCUCUUGCUGCUUCAAGAAGAAUAGUCGAAGCUGAUGGGUUCAUGAGGGCUGGCUUGUAUGAUGGAUGGCUUCCUCAUUUGUUUGUGGGAAAUUUGCUUAAAGGACAAACUGUUGGUGUGAUUGGAGCUGGUCGUAUUGGAUCUGCUUAUGCUAGAAUGAUGAUUGAAGGGUUCAAGAUGAAUCUAAUCUAUUACGAUCUCUACCAAGCUACACGUCUAGAGAAGUUUGUUACAGCUUAUGGUCAGUUCUUGAAAGCCAGCGGCGAACAACCUGUUACCUGGAAACGGGCAUCAUCAAUGGAUGAGGUUCUUCAAGAAGCCGAUGUUAUAAGUCUACAUCCAAUAUUGGACAAAACAACUUAUCAUCUCAUCAACAAAGAAAGGCUUUCGAAGAUGAAGAAAGAAGCAAUCUUAAUAAACUGCAGUCGAGGACCUGUGGUUGAUGAAGAAGCUCUUGUCGAGCAUUUGAAACAUAACCCCAUGUUCCGAGUUGGUCUUGAUGUUUUUGAGGAUGAGCCUUACAUGAAACCUGGCCUAGCUGACAUGAAAAAUGCCGUUGUUGUGCCUCAUAUAGCUUCGGCAUCAAAGUGGACUCGUGAAGGAAUGGCCACACUUGCUGCCUUAAACGUAUUGGGAAAAAUAAAAGGGUAUCCAACAUGGUCAAACCCGAACCAAGUAGAGCCCUUUUUGGAUGAGAACUCACCACCCCCGGCAGCAUCCCCGAGCAUUGUCAAUGCGAAAGCACUAGGUCUCCCUGUUGCAAAGCUCUAAGGUCAAAAAGUCUCUUGGAUGACAACGGCGAUUGCAUGUAUAUUUGUUAUAUGCUCACUACUCUAUGUAUGUUCACAAUGUGCAAGUGAAAUUGUAUUCAAAUGUGGUUGUGCUACUUUUGGGCUCUCAAACAAACUUAUGUAAUGCGUCCCUAUAUUACGGAUUUUUCAUACUAAUGCUCUACACUCA